AACUCCAAUUGAACGUAGGAAGUGACGAGCGAUUACUCGAAAUUGUAUAAGACAAAUGUCGAAUGUAAAAUAUGCUUUACUGAGUAAACAUGAUUUUAGUGAAAUUGCGUAUGAAAAUCAAAGUCAAAGUGUGUUUGAAAAAAUCUUAGCAUUUGUAAAGCACAAACAAUUUGCAAGAAUUUUAGCAUUUUGUGCGUUAAUUACAACACUACAACUGCUGCAUAUGCGAUUCUACUACGAUGAAGCAAAGCGCGUGUAUGAGACCACAAUCCAAAUUGAAGUGGGGGAAAAUAAUAUAACGGCCACAGAAUCUGUUCCAAAUGUGACAAAUCAUAACGAGGCUCGAUCACAAUACGAGUACUUCAUACACACGUCACAAUGUCGCAUACCGUAUGUGGAACCUUUCGGAGAAAGUGUUCUAAAAAUAUUUAAUCCACAAAAAUACAAAUACACCAAUUGUACUAAGGAUGAAGCUUUCAUUACAAGCAUUUACCAACUAAAUGCACGACAAUACUUUCUACACAUGAAUAUGGAGAACAUAGAGCGCGCCGUUAAGCCGUUAAAUGCCAGCGCCACGGAUGUUCGCUGUUGUUAUCGGCAAAUCGUCAGAGCUGGAAGGGGAGGAUCAGCUGAUCUUAAGUAUAACCUCUUAAACUGUGUUAUAUUUCAUCAGGACUUCUUGGUACCGCAACAUAUAGACUAUAUAAUUACGGAGUGCUACCUAGGCGCCAAUGAUAAAAAACCGCUACAAAAGGACGCCUUUUCAUUUAUACAAGUUACAAAGAAAACAAAUAGCACAGGCAACGCUAGCGAAUCCAAAGUUUCGGGUAUAAGGAAGCCAAGCGUUUUGCUGAUAGGUAUAGACGCAGUUUCGCGAAUCAAUCUUCGACGCACAAUGCCACAGACGUUUAAAUAUCUGCAAAUGAAUCAAUGGCUCGAACUGUUGGGCUACAACAAAAUUGGUGAUAAUACCUUUCCCAACUUAAUGGCCUUGCUGACAUCAUACAAUUUAACGAUGGCUGAGGCGAAAUGCUUGCCCAAAAUUGUAGGUGGACUUAACAAUCCACUUUGUAACUUUAUUUGGAACGAUUUUAAGCGAUUCGGUUAUAAGACCGCCUAUGCAGAGGACACAAGUUCAAUGAGCACUUUCAAUUAUAGAAAAAAGGGAUUUGAGCGGCCACCUACCGAUUAUUAUCUACGCCCCUUAACAAUGGCCAUAGAAAAAGUGUUGAUAGUGACCAAAAAAGCUGGACUGUCCUACUGUGUUGGCCGCAAACACUAUGGCGAAUACAUCUAUGAUUAUGCUUUACAAUUUGCGAAUGCUUAUCCAGAAGAACCGCUCUUCGGACUAUUCUGGACAAAUUCCUUUAGCCAUAAUGCCUUUGAUAUCGAAGCAACCAUGGACGUGAAAGUGUUGGAGUAUCUGAAAAAAUUGAAAACAGAUGGCAUACUAGAGCGUUCAAUUGUGAUUUUUCUUGCUGAUCAUGGCAUUCGUUGGGGUCCAUUACUGAAAUUAAAAUCGGGUUUCUUAGAAGAGCGUUUGCCAAUGUUUUUCAUAUCACUACCACCGUGGUAUCAAAAACAACAUCCCGAUUUUGUAAAAGUUCUACAAACUAAUCAGAAACGUUUAACGACACCAUAUGAUAUUUAUGCGACCAUGAAACAUAUACUUGAAGUGGCGCAGCCAGAAAUGGAAUUUCCUAAACUGAAUGGAACUAUGCGUGGUAUUAGUAUUUUUCGGGAAAUACCCGAGAAUCGCACUUGUAAUGAUGCCGGCAUUCCCGAGCAUUGGUGUACCUGUGUACCAUAUGAAAUUGUACCCACAAAGGAUGGACUCGCAAAGAAUGUAACUUUAUUGGUGUUAAAGGACAUAAAUCAAUAUCUGGUUAAUAAAAAUAUAAGCGGCAAAUGUGCCGAAUUAAAAUUAGAAAAAAUCGACAGUGCUGAAAUGAAAAUGAUCAAAAUACCGAAUGAGUCCACAUAUCGUAUAAGUUUCGAAGCGAAUCCGGAAAAAGCGAGAUUUCAGGCUACGGUCGUUUAUAAUAUAACAACAAAUACAAUCAAAACAGACGUGGAAGAUAUCUCGCGUCUGGAUUCGUAUGAAAAAACUUCCAACUGCAUUGAUUUGAAAGAGGAAAAGAAAUAUUGCGUUUGUAAAAAAUAAUGCUACGAAUACGAUUUGAGGGAAGCUUCGAAUAGUUUCAACCUCUCAAGCGGUAAAAGUGGAUGCUAAAUUUAUAAAUGUAAAUAGUGAAAUUUUAAAACCUUAUUAACUAAGUACUUAGAUUUAUUAUAUUUUUCAUUUGUAUUUAUUGUGGAGAAAUAUAUAUUUUGUAAUACCGUUAUGGUUUUGUUUUCGUCGCGGCAUUUCAAAAGGCUUAACUAAUGUGUGAGCCUAACACGUUAAACGAAAUUUAACAUUUGAAAAAGUUUAAUUAUUUGUAGAACCAAACAAAGUCAUUUCAUGAUGCUACUCUCAUAGAACAAAACUGUUGACUGUUCCGAUCUGAUACAAUUUUCUAUGCCACUCGAUGUAAAAUAUGUUGGCACUAACAUCAUAAUGUACAGCUAACAUAGUAGCUUAACAUGCGUCUGUAAAUAGUUUAACAUUAAAAUGAAAUGCGGCUUCUUGCGGCCAGACCUGAAACUCUACUUUCAACCAACUAACCAACAUUAAUAUAAAAUUUUAAGAAAAGUGUUCAGACUUGCAAAACGUAUAUAUGUACAAGUAUGUACGCAGACGUUGAGUGUUAAGCCAGCCAACAAAGAGCACUAAUACAGCGUGCUGUCCAAAAAGAUGUUACUCAUACGCCGUGUCAAUGCUCAAAUGCGUUUCUGUUUUUAAUUGAAAUCAACUGUUAUGUAAUUAAAAAAUCAUAGAUAGCUAAAUAAAAAAUAAUAAUUUCA